AUGUCGACGGCGUCGUACGAAGAUGCCCUUAAAAGACUUGGAGAGCUUCUCAGUAAGAAAUCGGAUCUAGGGAACGUUGCGACCACAAAGAUCAAGCAGCUAACGAAUGAGCUAGAGGAACUUGAUUCUAGCAAGCUAGAUGCCGUAGAACGGAUCAAAUCUGGAUUUAUCCAUUUUAAGACUAAUAAUUAUGAGAAGAAUCCUUCUUUGUACAAUGAACUUGCCAAGAGCCAGAGCCCCAAGUUUCUGGUAUUUGCUUGUGCGGAUUCUCGAGUUUGCCCAUCUCACAUCUUGAAUUUCCAACCUGGAGAAGCCUUUAUCGUUAGAAACAUUGCAAACAUGGUGCCACCUUUUGACAAGACGAAACACUCUAAUGUUGGUGCCGCCCUUGAAUAUCCAGUUACAGUCCUCAAUGUGGAGAACAUUUUGGUGAUUGGUCACAGCUGUUGUGGUGGAAUAAAGGGACUCAUGUCCAUUGAGGAUGAUGCAGCUCCCACUAAGAGCGAAUUCAUAGAAAACUGGAUCCAGAUCUCUGCACCGGCCAAGAACAGGAUUAAAAAGGAUUUUAAAGACCUGAGCUUUGACGACCAGUGCACCAACUGUGAGAAGGAAGCGGUGAAUGUGUCUCUGGGGAAUCUGUUGUCUUACCCAUUCGUGAGAGAGAGAGUGGUGAAGAACAAGCUCGCCAUAAGAGGAGCUCACUACGAUUUCGUGAAAGGAACGUUUGAUCUCUGGGAACUUGACUUUAAGACCACCCCUGCUUUUGCCUUGUCUUAAAACAUUCCUACUCAUC